UGAUAGAAGGACGACGUUGAUUGGUGCUGCAAUCCUUGAGAUCAACGCUGCGGAGUGACGAUGGUAAAAGCGUGCGACAGCCCGGGAGUCAUUGGCGAUCUUAUGCUUAGAGUGUCGUAAUGGGUGAGUGAAACGGGGAAUAAGGAUAGGAGGGUCACGUGGAGCAUCGGGAUUGGAGGGGUUCUGCUCGUACUAUCCGUGCUGGGACGUAUGUACGGGCGUAACAGAAACGGGAGAGGUGCAUCGUGGAAGGGACGUUGGUCCAAUUGCGGACGGUAUUGGUCCAAUAUGAAUGGAGGUGGUGGUAGUGGCCAAACGGGGCAGUAUAACCCGCCGCCUCCUGGAGUAUAUAGUCCUGCUGGCCAGCAUCCGAUGAUGAAUCAAGCGGGGGCGCCACCGGUGAGCUCCGGUACCGGGGGGAAUGGUGGUGCCUAUCAAGCGCAACAACAAGUUGGACAAUGGAAUGCGCAGGCAUGGCCGGGACCAUGGCCAAUGGCGGGGCCAUGGAUGAUGGCUCCGGCGCAACCAGUACCGAUGGCACAACCGAUGGCACAACCGAUGGCACAACCAGUACCAAUGGCGCAAGUUGCGCAACCAGUGGUGGUGCAACCACCGGUCGUAAUGCAUCCUCAGGCUGCGGUGCCGGCGAUUCCACCGACGAAUAGCCAGCAGCAGCAGCAAGCUAGUAAUCAGCCUAGCUCGCUUCAGAAUGGCCAGUUCUCAGGUGAUCGGUCGUCGAACUCGGGCAAAGGGCUGGCUGCGAAUGCAUUCCCGGGGCCUGGGAAUCGGGCUUACUUUACCAAAGAGUACAUGGAUAUAUUGGAGGAUAUCAAGUCAACGAAGGUACUGGAUGAAGCUAAGAAGAAAAGCGUUGGGAACAGGCGAGGAUGUGGUAUUCAGAUAACUGGGAACUCCGGUGAGAACCGUACUCCUCACGGACGGGGUGAGGAUCGAAGUGAUGAGAUGAAGGCGUGGGUUUCCUCAACGCUAGGAGAUUCCCUGAAGCUGAUUACAAAGAAGCUAGAAGAGGUUGAUGCGAAGGCGAAUGUUGCUGCAGCGGAAAAAGAGGAGCUCGUGAGGCUGCGAGCGGAGAAGGCGGCUUUGGAGUUGAUAGUGAUGAAUAGAGGAAAAGAAGCAAGUAAUGAGAAGCGGAAGCGGGCUGCGGUCGCCCUUGCUGUUCCGGCGGUGGCUACCCCGAAGACAAGUGCCUCGAAAGUGCGAUCGCGUGAAAGUUCGAAAUCAAGAUCGCGAAGAGUGGAAAUUUCGUCCGAUGAAGAUGAUGAAGAUGAUGGUGUCAAGCAGAAUCUGACGCCAAAAAUGGAGAAAAGCAGCGAUCUCUCCGAAGUUAAGAAGUUACUUUCUGAAUUGGUGCAAGGCCUUGUUGUACAGAAGGGUAAGCAGCGUGCCAGUACUCCCGAACAUGCUCCUGACACAGAGCAUGAGGCAGAACAGAUUGAGGAUCUGGAGCUAACGCAGAAGCCUCUCCAAGGCGAGGAGGAAGAAGCUGAUGAGGGUGGCCUUGCGGCGUAUAUGAAAAUGAGGCAGGACUUUACAUGUCUCUGCAUUUCGCAAGAGUCUAGGAGCUUUGCAAGCAAAAGGGGGUUCAUUAUGUUCGAAAGGACACUGGUUCCUGGGAGCUCGCACGACUGGAAUAUGCAGAACAGCUCAAGGGCAUAGCCCCGAAGGGUAUGGCUGAGUCUUCACGGAAUCCUGACAAUUCGGAUCUCAGUGAUGGUGCU